ACAGUUACCGUUCCGAACGCGUAACGAUAUCACCCCCACAGCCAUAGCCAUAGCCACAGCCAAAGCCACAGCCGCCAAGUGUCAUCGUGGCUGAGAGCCAGAACAGAACCAUAACAAAGCCAUAACAAUCGCAGCAAAUUAACAUCUCAAACAGUGAGAAGAGGCAAAAAUUCGAACGGUAAAUUGCCGGUAAAGUGUGGAAAUAAACAAACGCAAAUUGCACAUUUUUUGUUGAGGUGUUUUUCUGUGUGGAAAGUGUGAAACUCAAACAAAUUCCAUAAUUGAUGAAUAAAUAAAUUAACAUUUGAGGAAUAAGGCUCGCCAAACUGGGAGGAGGCUGUUUUUUGAAUGGGAGGCUUCAUCCUCCACCACAAAUCAAGAGAGAGAACCCAACCUCACGUCAUGAUCAUCGCCGUGCUGUCAACGUAAUGGAAACGGAAACAGAAAUCUGCUGGAACCAUUGCUGUUGCUGAGCGGAAAACCACAGGCCCCAUACCACGGAAAAUUGACAGAAGAAAAAAACAAGAAAGAGAGAGAGAGAAGCAUAAUAAAAACCGAAAUGAAGUCUGUCAUUCUAUAUCCAUAUGGACCGCUAACUGGCGGCACACGCUGCUGUCGCAUGUUGCAUGCCAAAAAUUUGGCCAUAACAAGUGCAAUUUACACAAUUAAUAUAUCACUCCUGAUUGUGCUGAUCUACUCGUGGCGCAUAAACGUCAAUAUGCACAAGUCGUCCGACCUGCAGGAUGUCUACUACGGUGUACAAAUAGCAUAUUUUGCCAUAAUUGGCACACAAAUAUCCAUGAUAUUGCUAAGCAUUGUAUUGAUCUUUGGCAUUUGUCGGGAGAACCCCGGAUUAAUUGUACCCUGGAUAAUUGGCUAUAUAACGUUUAUGGCCUUGGAAGCUGUGGCCAUGGUCUACUCAAAUGUUCUACGCGAUCAUGUUAAUAAGCAAUUCGAUGCCAUGUGCAAGGCGGAGGUGGCCUUCUUCAUAGCACGAGCUCUAAUCAAUGUGCUGGCCAUGUGGGGUGUACUACGUUUCUAUAAUUUGGUGCGCUCUGGAAUUACCUGGCGAGGACCGGAGGCCAAGACCGCCAUAUUCGCACCCAUGUACAAGAGCGUGAGCACACGCAGCGGCAAGUCCCACCACAGUAAACGUCACUCAAAGAGGCGACACAGCAUGGAGUCGGGCGCCGGAUGCUGUGCCAUCUUUGACUUUGACUUCGACUACGAUGACGACGACGACGAUGACGAUGAUGAUGAUGAGGCAGCCUAUGGCGAUGGCAUGGAGACGGAGGAUGACGUGGGUUAUGACUAUGACGACUACUAUGACUACUACGAGGACGAGGAGGAGCAGCAGCAGCAGCAGCUGGAGCUAGAGCCGCAGGACGAUGCCGACUGCAGCAUGUUAGGUGGCCCAAGGAAGACGCGGUCGCGUUCGCGUUCGCGACCCCGAUCCCGUCCCCGUUCGGCUGUGGUCAAGGUCAAGGGCCAGCGCAGCGGAGGUCGUCGCACCAACAACAACAUACGCAGCGUGCUGAUUAACAAGCGGCACAACAAGUACAAAAUCGCCCGACCCCAAACCCAGCUGGAGGUCAUCAACGAGUCCGAGCGGAGUGCGGGCAGUGGCAGCGAUGAGAACGACUCUCUGCUUGUGGCCUAUGACAGCAGCUCGUCGCUGGCGUCGGUUUGACAUUGGCCGCCGCCAUGCGAACCCGGAUCCGGACCUGGAACUGCAGCCGAUGGGCGCAGGAAUAGCCUCAGUGACUCCGAACCCAGCAGCGGCAGCGGCAGCGGGAGCAGCAGCAGCAGCAGCGACGACGACGACGACGGCGAUCCUGACGAGGGCCAGUAUCUGGAAUGUGAGUGGACGAAGGGCGUCCGCUUCCCUGGUAAAUGUGGUGGUCAGCGUCAGCGCCGACGUUCACUGCGACGCGUCUACUGCGCUGUGAAUCUAACCAUAAUGGGUCUCCUGGUGGCAGUGGAGAUCUAUGCCCAGAUAGCGAUAUUCCUGUAGAUCAAAGAAAAAACAGAGCAAAAGUGAUCAAAGGAUUGAGAAGAGUUGAGAAGCGACCUUCAUAGCAGAUUUCCCUUGGAGGGGCGGUAUUUUUUUGAAGGAUACCAUAUAGAUUCAGAGGAAUCUGUGUUAUCCGAACAAGGCAUUAUUCCUGAAGGUAAGGAUGGGAACGAUGAUAGCUUUAAAUGUAUAUAAGUUAAAGGAACUAUAUCCGAUUCAGCCUAAUCCUAUCUUACUGUUUCUCUGUGUUUUAAAUUUAACCACAAACAAAAUACUUCCCAUACGAUCAAGGCUCAAGAUCUAAGAGAGAGCUUAUAGCAAAAACUAUAAAAAUACCCAAAAGAAUUGAUGUAAAUAAAUAGAACUAUGUAUGUAUAUGUUUCCAAAAUAACAAUAUUAUUCAAGCCAAAUAGUACGAUCAGAAACCAAUAUAAUUGCGUAGAUGAGAGCUCCCCAAAAAGAUAACUUACCAACAUACAUACAUACAUAUAUAAUAUAUCAUUGUUUGUGCUCUCUACCGAUCGUACCAUAGAUAUAUUUUGUACAAAGAUUCCCAGAUCGGGAAGGGAAGCUUUGAAAGUAUUAUAACAAGAAUCCAAAAAUAAAGUAACUGCAACAAUAAUAAUUCAUAAUAAUAAAGAACUUAUCUGAUUUAACUUCCAAUUAAAGUUGGCCAAUAAAUGUUUAAAAAUGUUUAAGAAUAUGUACGGUGUAUAUAUAGAGCUCUGCAGGAAACUCGAAAAUGAUAUCAGAAAACAAAAACAAUAAUCAUAUCUGUAGCCGUUGUACAUACAUACAUACAUACAUACAUACAUACACACAUACAAACAUACCCAUACACAAGUAAUCUUAAGUACAGUUGCGCCAAAACACACACAAAAACACUUAACUAACCAAUAAACGUGUAUCUGUAAACCGAAGAAAAAGAAUAAACCAUUGAUAUUUGUGCAAAAACAAAA